AUGUUAUCUGACGCAAAAAUUUUAGAGCAUUUAGAUGAGAUUAUACUUGAUUAUGAUUCAGACGACGAUUUCAUCAAUGAAAUUGAGGAAUUUGAUGAAAAAAACUACGAAGAGUUGAUAGAGACUGAAUCAGAUAAUUAUCAAAAUAAUACAGUACAUUUUACACCAUGUACUACAGCAUCUUCUACACAGCAAAGAAUUCUUCCUUCAAAACAACGUAGACCAGUAUCAAAAGAACAAAUAAAUCCGAAAUGGAAAAAGCGUGGAGUGUUUGUACCUAAGGUUCACCAUUUUGAUACAUCUAAGAGUGGAAUUCAAAAAGCAGAAUUCGAGCUAUCAGAAGAAUCAACUGUGUUAGACUUUUUUGAAGCUUUUGUGUCACCCAAUUUAUUGGGAAAAAUAAAGUUACUCGUUGGACAGACACCCAAUUAUGUGUUUUUGGCUUUGACCAUGCUAAUGGCACGGAAUAAAAAAUUAGAGAUAUCUGAUUAUUGGUCCACUGAUCCACUUCUACAUCAACCCAUUUUUGGUCAGCAUAUGAGUCGUGACCUUUAUUUGUUGUUACUUAGAAUGCUCCACUUUAGCAACAACGAUGAGCAAAUACCUGGGGAUCGGCUUUCUAAGAUUCGAAUGCCAUUACAAGAAAUAACUAAAAAUUUUAAAGAUGCCAUGAUACCAUUUGAAAAUCUAGCAAUAGAUGAAAGUCUUGUUCUGUGGAAGGGUCGUCUUUCAUUUAAACAAUUUAUUAAAACAAAGCGACACAGAUUUGGAAUAAAAAUCUUUGUUAUUUGUGAUGUAGAAACUGAUUUCAUUCUAAAUAUUCUAAUAUAUACUGGAAGCACAACAGAAUAUAAAAAAACAGACCCAAGCCUCGGUAUAUCCGGAGCUAUGGUAUCGAAGGAGGAGUCUAUAUGGAAUAUAGAAAAUAAGUUAUACCAUGAUAAGAAUGCCAAACAUGUAAGUUGGACCAAGGUAGCCAGAGCUUCUAUCAAAGACUUUGAAGAACUUGAAGAAAUUUUUAAAAGCAAAAAAAUGCACAUGACAAUAUUCUUAAUCCAUAAAUAA